UGCAUUUCAACAUUUAUCUUCUGUAGAUCUCAAUUAUAUAAAUUUACCUUCUGAUGAUGAAUGGUCUUAUGCAACUACCUUGUGUCAGUUUUUAAAGUUAUUCUAUAAUGUUACAAAUAUCUUCGCUGCCACUAGAAACGUAACAGCUAAUGUAGUUUUUGAAGAAAUACAGAAUGUACACAACCAUUUGCGUAAACAUCAAUCGGCAGACAAUAAUUAUAUAAGGUCAUUAGCAAGAAAAAUGCAAGAAAAGUAUGACAAAUAUUGGAAAAAUGACUGCAAUGUCCUCUUUGGAAUAGCAUUUGUCUUAGAUCCUAGGUCCAAACUGGGAUACUUGAAAUAUUUGCUUGAGAGCUUAAAUGAAGUUGAUGCAAGAGUACAAUAUGAAAAAGUAGAGAGCAGUCUUUAUGAAUUGUAUGAUGAGUACAAAAACGUGUAUAAUACAAAUGAUGAAGAAAAUGAAAAUGGAAACACAAUAAUUGUUGAUUUUGAAGAAGGGAGAGCUUCAACUUUUUCUAGAGAUGUCUUCUUCACAUAUUACAUGAGUUCUGUAUCUCCUCAAGUACCUCGCAUAGAUCUGGAAGCAUAUAUAACUGAUCCAAUAGAACGAUCUCGGUCUAAUGAAGACUUCAAUAUAUUAUCUUGGUGGAAGGCAAAUGAAAGUAAAUAUAGAGUUUUAUCCAAAAUGGCUCGAGAUAUCUUGGCAAUCCCUAUAUCCACAGUUGCAUCUGAGCCUGUAUUCAGUACAGCUGGAAGAAUCAUUAAUGAUUAUCGAUGUUCAACCACUUCUGAAACUGUUGAAGCACUAGUUUGCACACAUAGUUGGAUUCGUGAUAAAGAUAUCUCAUGUGAAACGUAAGAUGUUCAUUGUUUAAUGUUAAAUUUUAAUCAUUCUUUUUGUUUUCUAUGACAUACUAACAUUGUAGUUUGCUUGUGGUGAUGUGUUUUUUGUAGUUUUGAAGAUA